AGCCUCCUCCCCACACUCGCCGCCCCGCCCGCGCGUCCUCGCGUCCCAGCCCCUCCUCCUUCCUCUUCUCGCGCGGUCGCGCCUCCCUCCGAACCCUCGAUCCGCGCCCGCCUCCCUGCCCCACGCCGCCAUCAUCUCCGCCGGCGCCCGACUCCUCCGCUGCCUCCUCUCCACCGCCCUGCGAAGGACCUGUAGAAAGCGGCACGCCCUGUCGGGAAGCGGGCGGCGCGCGCCGUCGCCCCAGGAUGCGCGCGGACAACUCUCUCGUGUUGACGCCCCCACUCCCUCCGCUUCUCCUCGUCGCCUCCCCUCGCGCCACCGUCACCGUCCGAGAAGCACCGCGGCCACUACUACUCUGCAUCGUGCCGAGCUUGCCACCGCCGCCGCUCUCCCGGUCGAGCUCGUCCCUCACCACCGGCCCUCAAGUUGUGGAGGGGCAACAGGCAGCGGUGGACGAGGAAAUCUACCACCAACCGCCGCCGCAUGUCUUCCUGCUUCGCCAUCAACGCGAGGAGCACCGGAGCGUGUCCUCAAGUUGGUGCUCCUCCGGGAAGAGGACAACCCGAGAUCUGUCAUGGAGGUCAACCCUGACGUCGGCCUUGUCGGAUUGGAGCGGCAGUGCGGUGGUUGGUCUACUGUGGCGGCUCGCUGGAGGCAGCAGCAACCCAAUCGGCACCGCCAUCUCCUUCCCUAUCCAUGAGCCAACCUCUGUCUUCCUCCCCGACGGCGGCGUCGAACCAACACUGGGUUAUGCUACCCUUGGCCGUGGCCUAACACGCGCGGACUGAAGCAUUGGUCAGGCACCCACUGCUUGGCUGCACGUCUGGGUCAUCUCAGAUAAGCUAAUCUAUCUCUUCUUUAAAAUAAGAUCAUGUGCUUCUCUGAUCCGGUUGUAGUAAGUUGUACAAGGCCUUAGCUGGUUGUCAGGAGGAACCUUCACCUCAUGGCUAAAACUUGGGUAAAACUGUGGGCAUACAAAAUACAUCUUUGUUUUUGUUGCCUUAUAAACAUGGCUGUGAAAGAACCGAAUAUUGGAAAACAACUGUAUAUCAAUUCUCACUUACUCUGAUAUUUCUGAAAGUGAAAGGGAUGAAGGAUAGUGUAGUGAGCAGAGAACACACAGGUUAUGUUGAAAAUUUUGGUCGAAGUUACAGUCCAUUAGCUGGUAGAAAUAUAGCACAACUAGCAUGCCUAGAUGCACACAACGUUGAUGGUAAUAAGAUAUGCUUGGCAACUAACUAACAAAAUCAGAUUAUUCAUUUCAUAAAUGUAGAAAAAAAUAAGUAUGGUCUUCACAACGUGUCUUCUUCUAUGAUUCGGUAACUUGCAUUCCAAUCUUAUUUGUCUUCUUCUCAUUGGGCAUGGUGUCUUUAGAUUAUCAAAGGGGAUUGUGUAUGGCUGUUGACAAUCCAGAUUGUGGGCAGCUAAGAGGUUAGGAUUAGUCAUGUAAAUUUUUGCUUAUAAAUAAUAUAAUAACGCAGUAGUAGCCCCUCGUACUAUUUUUUGUCAAAAAUGGUGUGAUACUAAGAUUUUCACUACAGUACCAUCUGUAUCUAAUGUAACUCGGCUAUAGGUUAUCCGAAGUAAUGAUGUCUAUCACUCUGGUUGAUUUGCGAUAUGGUAUUAUGGGUCCAUAUGCACCUGAGCUUUGCUACUUCCUCUGAUUACCAUGAACUCUGUACACAUGAGCAUGCCUAUGCCAUUGUCAAGUGCUACUCCAAACACCAUUUACUGCUUGAAAAUAUCUCUCAACUUGGAUAGAGCAUCCUGUAAGGUCCAUAUUUACUCAACAUGAUUUUUUUUACUAUGAGGACCCUUACUUCUAGCACUAGGUUUUGAUUGUCUGUUGUUUUGUACAUCUUUUACCAAUAUGAUUUUAAUCUUUAAAAAAGAUCAUAUUCUAGACUCACAACAAAUUGGAUAGAGCAUCCUGCAAGGUCUGUGAGGUGCAGAUGAUAUUUCAGUGCUCAGUGUGCAGCUUAUUUUGUAGACAUCGCGGUUUCAGUUUGCAAUAUUAGACCUACUUGUAUCAAGGUAGGGUUGACCAUAACUGAACUUCGAAUUUGUUUAUACAGUAUACAUUAUGCGCUUCAUCCAAUAAAAAUAUGAAAUGCAUGUGUUGCUUUGGCUCUCUUAAUAGCAAUUAAUUGCGUAUAUUCAACUGGCCUUCUGGUUGACUAGCAUAAAUGGUCAUAUUCUAUUUUUGAUGUGAGCUAUCCUCCUAUUCAUGUCCUGGAGGCUUUGCUUCCCAGGUUUAUUGCUUUUGCAAUUUAAAGUUUUGAAGCACUGCCUCACAGUUUUUUAAUUACUAUUAACAUUACAAACUGGGAUUCGAAUAUCAUGGUUUUCCACUGGGAAAUAAUAGCACAUUUAGCUUUGUCUGACCUAUUUAUUAUCGAUUAAUGUAACACUUUACGAUGUAGAUGCUGGCAAUGGGCCGUUAGCUACGCGCUUAUAGUUUGCAGUUAUGCACACCAGGUUCCUAUGUAGGCUUAACAUGAAUUUGUUUCUUAACAUGAACAUGCUUAUUUAUGUUGCAGAGGGGAAAACUUCUCUGUUCUGUCCACUGCCUACAUACAAGCUGCAUG